UUGCAAAUCGCCGUCUAAAACGACCUGACUUCUCUCUCUCUCUCUACAUAUAUAUAACCCACCCAUCCCCCCCCCCCUCUCUUCACUAAUCGCUUGAUUUCUCUGCUACACCGUCGCCGGACGGCGAAUUUCACGAAAAUUUAACUCUCAAAUUUGAAUCGUGAAGUAACAUACUGGCAUUUUCAUUGGUCUGACUGAUAGCUGCCCAAGUAUUGUAUGCUUUGUGUGUAAGCAAGCAUGGGUUCCGCUUGCUGUGUUGCUGCCAGAGAUAGAGCUGUUCUAGAUGAAUCAAGCUGUGAAAAUUUGCAGAGAAAUGUCCGCCAAUCUCCUACAUGGAGCUUUCGGUGGGAUAAUCGGGGACGAGUGGCUGGGGAGGAGACGCCAGUGAAUUGGUCUUCUGAUGGAAUUGGUGGCAAUGACGGAUUAGAAUUUAAAUCUGGAACAACUGUAGGAACAGUAUAUGCAUCUGAAGAGGGUAGUCCAUUGGAUAGUUUCAGAUCACUUGCAUGGCAGAAGUCACCAGUUUCUGAAAGAAAUAAUCGAAACUUUUCACUUCCUUUAUUGGAUCCCUUGGCUGAGAGGAAUUCCACUGAGGUUAAAGAAUUCGCUUGUUCAUCAGCACUUUCAUUCCCCUCUCCUGUAAAGCUAUCUCCAUCCGCUCCCUCUGUUUCAUCUUUAUCUGCAUCUCCUUUAUCAUCGCGUGGCCAGCUGCCUCCUGCUAGCUUUACUCCGUGUUUGCCUCGCCAUUCUUCAGCGCACCAACUGGGACAGCAAGUUUCUGAUAGCCGUGUACCAGGGAUGAAGUCACCUACAUUUUCAAUUUCCGAAGAAUCAUCUUCUUUUGUGCUCCUCCCUGGUUGGAGUAAUGAUUCAACUAGGGGCUCUCAUGGUGGAUCAUCAGAUGGUUGGUCAGUUCCUGCCUUUGCUGACCUGGCAAAUCCUCGUCGAGACAGGUGGUCAUUUGAUAGUGAAUCCUUUGGUUUCCAUCGUGAAAGGGCUACUAGCCGAGGUUCUGGGUCAUCUUCGUUCGAUCUCCAAACCUGUGGCAUAUGUGCAAAGCUAUUGAAUGAACUUGCUGUUGCUGUUCUAGUUUGCGGCCAUGUUUUCCAUGCUGAGUGCUUGGAGAAUAUGACAUCUGAAAUCAAUAGGUAUGACCCAGCUUGCCCUGUCUGUACUUUUGGGGAGAAGCAGGCCUUGAAGAUAUAUGAAAAAGCAAAAGCUAAGAUAGAAUUGAACGCUAGAAAGAGAUUUCGAAACAGGAUUGUUGACAGUGAUAUUAGUGGCAAUCUUGCUCGGUUCGAGCGUCAGAAAAGUAGUGCUCAUGAAGGAGGGUGUCCCAGGAUGAGCUCCAGUUCCAGUAUGAAGAGCCCUUCAAAGAGGCCCUUCCUACGGCAUUAUUUCUCCUUCGGUUCAAAGGGAUCAAGAUCCUACUCUGAGAGUCCUUCAACUCGGAGAAGGGGGUUUUCCUGGACAAGAUCUAACAAGAAGUAGGUUUCUUUAUGGACAUAAAAGAUAACCAUGGGUAUGCUCUCUCAGCUGCCUUUUUGGGUAGUAGAGAGUCGUGAAAGCAGUCAUGAUCUUGAUGGUUGAAAUGCAAUGCAUUCGCAGGCAAGUUAUACAUUGUAAAAAAUGGGAAGAAUACAAGGUGGAUGAUUAAUUUGUUAAGUAGGAAAGAAGAUGCAAAUUGAAAAUAGUUGUUGUUUCAGUGUAUGUUCUAUUGGGUUACCCAUGAAAAAUUGUCCUGAAGAUUUUAUAUAUAUGAUGCUUAAAAGUGCUCAUCUCUAUUGCCUAUAUAGUAGCAGAUAUUUGGUGUUCUACUCAUUGCUUAAGAGUAGCAUCAGUCCUUGUAUAACUUUGUAUUCUUAUUGUAUUUAUUUGAGUCAGUUAGAGCGCCUAA